CAGAAAUCGAUGUUGGUAGACGCGCUAUGCAUUGUGGGUAAUGGCGUACGUCUAUUGAAGUUUAUUUGGGAGCUCUUUAAAUUUGAUUAUGCCGCGAUCUAAGAAACUUUUAUAAUAAAGGUCGUACACAAAAAGUUGUUUUUGACAGUCUAAAAAAAUCAUGGAUGAUGAUGGUGAUAACAUGUCGGACAGCGAUUUCGGGGAGGAUGAGGAUCCAGAUAAGAUCGAAGUCCCAGGGGGCGGUAAGGAUUUGGCGGCUGCCGCCACAAUUUUGGAGAGCAAAAUAAAGCAGGAAAAUAACAUUAAAAAAGAGCAAAAAAUGCCGAUGGGGAUGCACUUUGGCGGGAAAAUGAUGCAAGGCCCCCUCCCCACUGCUUUCGAUAUGAUGAGAAACCCAAAUAUGGAAAUGGCAGCGUACGGCAUGAACCAGCCCUUCAACCCCUUUUUACAGAACCUAUUUUACCAAAACAUGCAGGGUGGCGCCCCCUGGGGGGGCCAACUCAGCAGCAAAGCCGUUCAGUCGAUGUGGAUGAAUCAAGUCGACAAUAAACCCAUGCAGCAUCAAGAAGAAGAAGAGGUUGACGACGAAGAGAUGGGCGUAGCAGAAACUUAUGCGGACUACAUGCCGUCGAAAUUAAAACUAGGUAAAAAACACCCUGAUCCAGUGGUGGAGACGGCCUCUCUGUCAUCAGUGGCGCCCGCCGAUGUUUGGUACAAACUUUCCAUACCCGACGAGACGAUCAGGGCGGGUCAUUUGUCGGCUCUGCAGCUUGAAAGUAUAACCUACGCCUCUCAGGCGCAUGAGCACAUACUGCCUGGCGGGAGUAGGGCUGGAUUUUUAAUAGGCGACGGCGCGGGCGUGGGUAAAGGCCGCACCAUAGCCGGCGUGAUUUUCGAGAACUACGUGAAAGGCCGCAAGCGCGCCAUCUGGGUGUCGGUGUCGAACGACUUGAAGUACGACGCGGAACGCGACUUGCGCGACAUAGGCGCCGGAAAAAUCGACGUGCACCCGCUCAACAAGUUCAAGUACGCGAAAAUAUCGUCCGCCGUCAACAACAACGUGAAGAAGGGCGUGAUUUUCAGCACUUACUCGGCUCUCAUUGGUGAGAGCAAUUCUGCGGGCGGGAAGUAUAAAUCGCGGCUUAAGCAGCUCCUGCAGUGGUGCGGGCAGGACUUCGACGGGUUGAUCAUCUUCGACGAGUGCCAUCGCGCCAAGAAUCUGUGCCCCGUGGGGUCUUCCAAGCCCACGAAGACCGGUCUGACGGUGCUGGAGCUGCAGAACAAGCUGCCCAAGGCGCGGGUCGUUUACGCCUCCGCCACUGGUGCCUCCGAACCGCGCAACAUGGCGUACAUGGUGCGUUUGGGGAUGUGGGGCGAGGGCACGCCCUUCAACGAGUUCGCCGAUUUUAUAUCGGCGGUGGAGAAGCGAGGCGUCGGCGCCAUGGAAAUCGUCGCCAUGGACAUGAAACUCAGAGGAAUGUACAUAGCGAGACAGCUAUCUUUUCACGGGGUGGCUUUUAAAAUAGAGGAGGUACCGUUAUCGAAGGACUUCGAAAAAGUGUACGAUUUGAGUGUCAAGUUGUGGGUGGAGGCGAUGCAAAAGUUCCACGAAGCUGCCGAACUGGUUGAUGCGGAAAACCGCAUGAGAAAAACCAUGUGGGGGCAGUUUUGGUCUUCGCAUCAAAGGUUCUUCAAGUACCUCUGCAUAGCUGCCAAAGUUCCUCACGCGGUCGCAGUGGCGCACGAGGCUAUUAAAAUGGGUAAAUGCGUUGUUAUCGGUUUACAAAGUACCGGCGAGGCCAGAACUUUGGAGCAACUGGAGCGCGACGACGGGGAACUGACUGAUUUCGUUUCGACUGCUAAAGGGGUGUUUCAAACUCUGGUGGAGAAACACUUUCCCGCGCCCGACAGAAGUCGCAUACAGCGACUUUUAGGUCUCGAACCUCUGGGCGGUGGCGUGGGCGGUCACAAGAAGGCCGCCAACGGCGGCGGCGGUCACGACGACGGCCAAUCGGGUAGCAACAAGCGCAAACCUGUCAGACAGGCGGCCGCCAAGGCCAAUAAGCGCAACAAGUGGUCAACUUCCGACAGCGAUAACGACAGCGCCAAAAGUUCCGAUUCCGAGUUCAUGGUCAGCGGGCCCGAGAGCGAGAUAUCAGACGGUAACUCGGACUCGAACGCUUCGAGCGACUUUAACCCGUUCAACUCGGAUUCGGAUUCGGACAACGAUCCGUGGUCGCGCAGCAAGAAGAAGGGCAAGCUAAAAACCAAGAAGGCUAAAAAAAAGAAGCCGACCUCUACGCAGGACAAGCUGUCGCAGCUCAUCACGCAGAAGACGAUCAAAGCUAAGAGCAACGGGGGCGCCCUGGGCGCCAUGGACUACAACAGGGCGGCCGCCCCGCCCAAGGACGCCAUCGAGCGGGCGUGCAGCAUGAAGGAGGAGCUGCUCGUCAAGAUUGAAAGGCUGGGCGACAAGUUGCCGCCGAACACGCUGGACCAGCUGAUCGACGAGCUGGGCGGGCCGGAGAACGUCGCCGAAAUGACGGGUCGCAAAGGUCGCGUCGUAUCGACGGAAGACGGCGGUAUUCAGUACGAGAGCCGUUCCGAGCAGGACGUUCCCUUGGAAACGCUCAAUCUGACGGAGAAGCAGCGAUUCAUGGACGGGGAGAAGGACGUCGCCAUCAUAUCCGAAGCUGCCUCGAGCGGUAUAUCCUUACAAAGCGAUCGAAGGGUUAAAAAUCAGCGCAGGCGUGUCCACAUUACGCUGGAGCUUCCCUGGUCGGCCGACAGGGCUAUACAGCAGUUUGGUCGUACGCACAGAAGUAACCAAGUCAACGCCCCUGAGUACAUUUUCCUCAUAUCCGAUUUGGCGGGAGAAAGGAGAUUCGCUUCAAUCGUUGCAAAAAGACUGGAAAGUUUGGGAGCGCUCACGCAUGGGGACAGAAGAGCUACGGAAACGCGAGAUCUAAGUCAGUUCAACAUCGACAACAAGUAUGGACGCUCGGCCUUAGAGGCGACCAUGAAGGCUAUCAUGGGGUACGACGCGCCGCUAGUGGCGCCACCUGCCGACUACAAGGGCGAGUUUUUCAAGGACGUCGCUGCCGCGCUUGUCGGUGUGGGGAUAAUAGUUAAUAGCGAAAGCAUGCCCGGAGUUUUGUCCCUGGACAAGGACUAUAAUAAUAUGAGCAAGUUCCUCAACAGGAUACUGGGGAUGCCGGUGGAAUUGCAAAACAGACUAUUCAGGUACUUCACCGACACCCUGGCGGCCAUCAUAACCUCCGCCAAACGCUCCGGGCGCUUCGACCUCGGCAUCCUAGACCUGGGCGCCGGCGGCGAGGUGGUAAAGCGCGUGCGCACCGUCACCUUCCUGCGCAAGCACGCCACCGGUAAAGCCCCCACCGAGCUGCACACCGUGCACGUGGAGCGCGGCAUGGCGUGGCCGGAAGCGCUCGACAAGAUGUCCGACCUCAUCGGCGAGCCCGAGGGCUUCUACCUCUCGCACCAGGUUAGGAACGGCAAGCACACCGCCAUUUUGGCCGUGAUGCUCGAAGGCGGUACGAAGAAGAAGAACGAAUCGAAGAAGGAUCAGAUGUUCUCGGUGUACAGGCCGAACACGGGGCUGCAGUUUCGGCAAGAAAGUCUCGCCGAGCUGGAGAAAAAGUACAAAAAGGUGGAGUCUUCGGAGGCGGAGAAGGCCUGGACGGAGCAGUACGACGCGUCGGUGAGCGUGUGCUCGCACGCGUACUGGCGCGGCAACUGCCGCAACGCCACGCUGGGGCACGAUUGCGAGGUGGGGCUGCGCAGGCGCACCUACAACGUGGUCAGCGGCUCGGUGCUGUCCGUUUGGAGCCGCGUGGAGGGCGUGCUGGCGAGCAAGAACGGCUCGCAGCACAACAAGAUGCAGGUGAUAAGGCUGAGGACGAAGGACGACCUCAAAGUUGUGGGCACAUUGAUACCCAAAAACUGCGUAAACUCUUUAAUAGAGGCUUUAUCGUCGGACGCAGAAAAGACCGAAGAAAAAACAUUCGACUAGUUUUCAAAACAGUACGUUUUAUUUUCACACGCGAAAAAAAAAACUAGCAAAAUAGUACACACGCAACUGAAAAAAUAGUUUUUCCGUAAACGUAAACGAUAUACAGGGCAUAAAAUAGUAUUCUAAUGGCACCACGUGUGGCAUUGUUGAAAAACCGAGUUUGACGUGAAUGUGACGCACGGUGUGCUAAAGUGGAUUUUUAGCGGGAAAAUAAAAAAAAAAUUUUGCGCUAAAAAUCACUUGCAAAUCACUGUAGAAUGUAUGAUACGUAGCGUAGUAGCAAAUUCCAAGUAUUUUUUAAACGUGUCCGAGACACUUAAUAAAUGAGGAAUCGAAAAAUAUACCAAAAAUCGAGAAUCAUCACUUUUCAAAAUUGUGCGGGGAUUCCCCCGCAUACAGUGUUGCCAACGGUUAAAAUAUCCAACCGUGAAAUAAACCAAAAAAAAAAAAUUCAAAAUCACCCAGUUAAUUUCAUCACCUUGUAAACCGCAGUGUUGCCGUACCAUUUAGGUGUUGCCGGUUUUACGAGCUGCGGCAAAAUAUCACGUUUUGAGCUAAUUUGUUAAUUAAUUGUAUAAAUAUAAUAUGAAAGGUUAGUUCCUCAAAAAAAUCUGUGAAAUAGUUAAUUUAGGUAUUACUUGUGUAUUUAUAGGUUUUUUUUAUCUAUUAGUUUAAGCCCCCUCGAUUCAUGUAUAAAUUUUUUUUAGUGUAAAAAUUUUCGAGAGAUGCUGAGACUUUUGCUAUAUAAUUUUUUUAAGUACAUAAAUACUUAUUUAACUUAAAUAUGUAUAUUUGGAUGUGUUCAGUAUAAAUUAAAAAUUAUCCUCAA